AUGGAACCAAACCAUGUCCUUCUCCUACAUACACAACUCCUGAAGGAGAAAUUCCCAAUCCCAAUUAUUCUAUUUGGAUUCGUCAAUGCAAUUGCUGGUUCUCUAUCCCCUACCUUGAUUCCAUUCAUUGCUUAUGCAAAAACAUCCCACGAGGCUUGGAUGAUACUCUCCAACACAUAUGCCAGACCAUCACAUGGUCGUAUAGGCCAAUUGAAAGAACAUUUACGGAUCCUCACUAAGGGGACCCAGUCCAUGACUGAAUAUUUACAAAGUGUGAAAUCCAUCGCCGAUGAUCUUGCCAUGCUUAAUGCCCCAGUCAAUCAUGAAGAUCUUAUCCUCAAGAUCCGUGGAGGCCUCGAUGAUGAAUACAAAACUCUAUGUGAUGCAAGCCGUGUUCGCGAAACGACCGCCUUAAAACAUCCUCAAUGGCAUCAAGCAAUGUCAGAAGAAUUCAAUGCUCUCAUUCGUAAUGAUACAUGGGAUCUCGUUCCUCCUGAACAAAGUCAAAACUUAGUUGGUUGCAAAUGGGUUUUCCAUGUAAAAAGAAAUCCAGAAGGCUCUAUCGAGAGAUAUAAAGCACGACUCGUCGCUAAAGGCUUUCAUCAACGUCCGGGCAUCAAUUACCAUGAAUAUUUUGGCCCUGUGGUUAAACAACCUACAAUUCGUCUUAUUAUCACGCUUGCUAUAACUAAUGAUUGGCCUCUUCGGCAACUAAACGUUAAUAAUGCUUUUCUCCAUGGUACGCUUCACGAAAAUGUUUUCAUGACACAACCAUCUGGAUUUGUUGAUCCGCAGCAUCCUCAUCAUGUUUGUCGUCUCAUGAAAGCAUUGUAUGGUCUUAAGCAAGCCCCUCGAGCUUGCGAUAUUUUUACUGUCGGAGGAUACAAAUGGGCUAUUGCUGUGUACCCUGACGGAAUAUCGCACGACAAAACUCUUGGUGGAGACAAAUACGAACAAGGGCAUGUCUACUUUGAUCUUUUUCUAAGUCCUAUGAGUACCGACUGCGAUGGAGUCUCUUUCUGUGUCAAAAUGACACUCCUUGACCAGAGUGGAAACGGGAUUCAUCGGACCGAAUUCGACGACGUCCCACGUGUUAUUAGCAAAGAAUCCCGUAGGGGCUUCGUUUGCUUUAUCGAUAGAGAGGUUCUUGAAAAAUCGUCCUAUCUGAAAGAUGACUGUUUGAAGAUUGAGUGCACAGUUUACGUCGUGCUGACAUCGUCGUCGUCGUCUGACAUUAUUGAUGAUGUUUCGAAACGGGAUUUUGAUGAUGAUGAUGGUGGUGUAGGAGGUGAUUUUCUUGCCGUGUUUAGUUCUGCGGAAGAAGAUUCUGAUGUCGUUUUUAGUAUCGGGGGUGAGAAAUUUCACGCACACAAGGAUAUACUCUCGGCAAGAUCAUCGGUUUUCGAGUCAAUGUUUGCUGUUUCUGAUCAACGGGAAAUGGUCAUUACAGACGUGGAACCUCGGGUGUUUAAGGCUUUAUUGCACUUUAUAUAUUCCGAUACUCUACCAGAAAACGAGAGGAGGUCUUUGGUGGGUGGAUAUGCUUUUGGACCAGUUGUGUCGAACACAAUCGGAGCCAAAUUGCUAGCAGCAGCAGAUAAAUAUGAUGUGAAGCGUCUCAAAGUUAUAUGCGAAUCUCACCUGUGGAGGAGUAUUUCUCUUAACCGAUUUGCCGAGAUUCUCUCACUUGCGGUGAAUUACAAUGCAACUGAGUUGAAGCAUCUCUGCUUUAAGUAUGCUGCUGAUAACUAUGAUGUUCUUGUGAAGUUGGAUAGUUUCAGUUUACUUGAAAAGAAGUGGCCGUCGCUUAUGAAUGAAGUGAACGAAUAUCUUUCCAAACAAGAGUUGCGUGGUUUGGUGCAACUCCGAUUAGAUUUCUUUAAAUUCGUAAAAUAUACAAAGCCUACGCUUGGCGAACUUCAUCUGUUGUCUACUACCACGGCGGAGGAUUUAGCAACUUAUGGGCCCGACACAAAGAGCUUCGAUGACCUAUGCAGCCAUCUCGCUACAAAAGUGCCAGCUGUCAUCGCUUCCGUGAACUACCGUCUAACCCCCGAGCACAAGUAUCCUACUCAAUACGACGACAGUUUCGACGCGUUGAAAUUCAUCGAUGCACAAAACUACGCCGUUUUACCUGCCAAUACCGACCUCAGUAGAUGCUUCAUUGGCGGAGAUAGUGCAGGUGGCAAUAUUGCUCAUCAUGUGACAAUUAGAGCUUUCCAGAAAACUAAUCACUUUGAGAAGAUAAAAAUCAUUGGGAUUUUAUCGGUGCAACCCUUUUUUGGAGGAGAAGAGCGGACAGAAUCGGAGGUGAGAUUAGCAAGUGCACCGGUUAUUGAUGUGAAGAUGACAGAUUUGUUGUGGAGGAACUUUCUACCUGAAGGCUCCGACAGAAACCACCCUGCCGCUAAUGUGUUUGGCGGCACUGAAUUGAGCGCUGAGGAUGCGGCGGCACUGGAGAAUCUUGAAUUUCCGAAUGUUUUGGUGAUUGUGGGAGGGAAUGAUCCGCUGCAAGAUUGGCAGAGAAGAUAUGUUAACGGGUUGAAGAACUGUGGGAAACAAGUGGAGUUGAUUGAGUAUUCGAAUGCAUUUCAUGGUUUCUAUUCAUUUCAAGAAUUGCCUGAGUUUGCUCUGUUGAUUGAAGAUGUAACAAAUUUCAUCCGAAAACUAGCACAUUCCGAAUAAAUUUCCGUGUCAGGAAAUUGAUCAAGCAGGUUCUUUGUUUGGGUUAUUCAAAUAAAAUCCUGGGGAAAUACACCUACGGUUGAGGCUCAAUAUUGUAUUGCAAGUAAUAAACUUCGCUUGGUAGAAAUAAAUCUAUGUGCUUCGCAAGCAAAAUCAGCUAGUGCAGAGGCAAAUAGUUCAAACAAUUCUAUAUACGUAUAUACGUAUCCCUUGUUGUGAAAUACGUAUACAAAAUUUCUAUCAUUCUUAUUUGGGUUGUCAGAUAAAUAGUCUGAUGCAUGCACUAUUGAUUUUCAACCUAUGUUUUCAUCUUUGAAUAAUUAUUACUUGACCUACAAUUUCUUCAGUUUCAAAGGAUUAACAAAGUAGCCCACAUGACA